AUGGCUGUGAACGACGAAAAUAGUGAGGUCCUAUACGAAGUGGACGAAAAAGGGAACAGAGUUAUUGUUAGAUCAAUAAACUCGGAUCAUUGCGUUUAUAUUCGUUUUAUCAACGGCCUAAUAUCACGUCCUGUAGACGUUUGGUGGCGGGAUUUUCAAGGAAAGAAACGCUUUUACGUGCGUAUGCAACCCCGCACAUAUUUCGAUGUGGACACCUUUGUCACACAUCCCUGGGAAUUUACAGACGCAGCUACUAAAGAAAACUAUGUGAUUCACAACAAGAAAAUAUUCCGUGCUCCUCCCAGUUUGGCAAAUAUGAAGCAUAGAACUAAAUGGAUCAUCACAGUGGGUAUGAGGACUCUUCGUAACACUGCUCUGUUGGUGCUUGCUGAGCGCCUAGAUGUUACUAAGGUGCCAGAAUUGGGACUGCCACUGGAGUUAAGUAAUGAUUUGACUAGUCUAAUUGAUUCUAUUGAGAAUAUGCAGGACCCUCCUUCGCGCACCUGACUAAUGCUUGCUUGCCCUUAUAAUAAGAAUUUUGUUUUUGUUGUUUUUAUAUUUCUGUUGUGGUUCUUCUUCUUAUGUGUUCUCGCUAAGCUCUUCUUGGAUAUAAAUCAUAGGUCUCCAAUCAAUCCUUAUUUAGA